CGGAAUUUUCCACGGCCGAAAUAGUGACAUGACCGUUCACGUGCAAUUCGGAUGGAAUCAAUAUGCCCAUACGCUAGUCCUGCUGUGUAGCCCGUGGGGGUGUUUAACCUUCCCCCAUGACGUUGCGGUGACAUUCCUGGCCCGUCACAAGAGCAAGGUGAAAUGUAUAAAACCACAACCGAUCGCUUUGAUCUGUUAACUGUGUCUCAGCGCUCUAUCAUUGAAAAUUGAGGUGCUAUGAAUCUCAGCCGUCGAUUUUGCAUGCCGACCGCUGGAGAACAAAUAAAUACAAAAGAUGUCAGUUCCAAAGAAUGAGUAUAUCUCUGCAAUCUGGAAAGAUGAGAUUUUCAAGGAUAGGGUUGUAUUCUGUACCGGUGGUGCCGGUACAAUUUGUUCUGCCCAAGUGCGGGCUCUCGUACAUCUCGGUGCCAAUGCUUGUAUUAUCGGGCGCAAUGACGAAAAGACACAAGAUAUGGCACAAUCGAUCGCGACAGCCCGUCCUGGAGCCCAGGUGAUUGGUAUCGGGGGCGUGGAUGUACGAAAAUUGGAUAGCCUUGAGACAGCUGUUCAACAAACCAUUAAGAAAUUCGGGCGAAUCGACUAUGUCAUUGCUGGAGCAGCAGGAAACUUCCUAGCCCCUAUCACUAGCCUCUCUUCCAACGCCUUCAAGUCGGUGGUUGACAUAGACUUAUUGGGCUCGUACAACACCUUUAAAGCGACUGCUUCCCAUUUGAUCCGUUCGGCGGCGGAAAACCCGUCUCCGGGUGUGACCACUGGUGGAAGAAUAAUCUUCAUAUCAGCCACAUUCCACUUCACAGGCAUGCCGUUUCAAGCACAUGUCGCGUCGGCCAAAGCCGGUGUUGAUGCGCUUGCGGCAAACAUCGCCCUCGAGUAUGGGCCGAUGGGUGUCACAUCCAAUGUCAUCAGUCCUGGAGGAAUCAGCGACACAGAAGGCAUACAACGAUUAUCUCGCAAAGAGUCUCGGGAUUCUGGUAGAGCAGGUCGAGGGAUUCCACUUGGCAGAUAUGGAUUGGUCAAAGAGAUCGCAGAUGCGACCGUGUACCUUCUGGCCGAGUCUGGAAACUAUGUCAACGGCCAUGUCCUCGUCGUCGACGGCGGCGCCUGGCGCCUACCUGACGUGGCUGGUGCCAGUGGAGGCAUAGGAUACCCGGAUAUUGUGUUGGGUAAUUUCGACCUCGCGAACGAUAUUAAGACUGGUCGAUCGGCGUCCAAGUUAUAGAUCUUACCUAUAGGUGAAGCUCAAGCUUUGAUGGCUAUUAUUGUCAAUCGUCUUUGCUCAGUAUACUCAAUAUCUAUCUCUACAGUCUCAUCCUCUUCGAUACCAUCUCAUGUUACCAUAUGCCUUAGCUAUUCGUAUACCACUGGUGUAGGAAUCGUCACAAGUAAUGAAUAGAGACGGUGCUGCCCUGCUUCUAUAUUCUCUAGACAAUAACCCUUAGGGUUGAGAAGAAAUAUAGAGUGUUUUCAGAUAAACACGCGCAAAAUGAAUAUCG